CGCUGUGGCGCCCGCGAGUGGGGGGGCGAGGAGGUGGAGGAGGAGUAGGAGGAGGAGGAGGCGGCGAGAAGAUGGCGACUUCGAACAAUCCGCGGAAAUUUAGCGAGAAGAUCGCACUGCACAACCAGAAGCAGGCGGAGGAGACGGCGGCCUUCGAGGAGGUCAUGAAGGACCUGAGCCUGACGCGAGCCGCGCGGCUUCAACUGCAGAAGUCGCAGUAUCUCCAACUGGGCCCCAGCCGUGGUCAGUACUAUGGCGGGUCCCUGCCCAACGUGAACCAGAUUGGAAGUAGCAGCAUGGACCUCUCCUUCCAGACCCCCUUUCAGUCCUCAGGCCUGGACACCAGUCGGACCACACGACAUCAUGGGCUUGUGGACAGAGUAUAUCGUGAGCGUGGCAGACUUGGCUCCCCACACCGCCGUCCCCUGUCAGUAGACAAGCAUGGGCGACAGGCCGACAGCUGCCCCUAUGGCACCGUGUACCUCUCGCCUCCUGCGGACACCAGCUGGAGGAGGACCAACUCUGACUCUGCCCUGCACCAGAGCACAAUGACACCCACCCAGGCAGAAUCCUUCACAGGCGGGCCCCAGGAUGCGCACCAGAAGAGAGUCUUACUGCUCACAGUCCCAGGAAUGGAGGAGACCGGAUCCGAGACAGACAAGACCCUUUCUAAGCAGUCAUGGGACUCAAAGAAGGCGGGUUCCAGGCCCAAGUCCUGCGAAGUCCCUGGAAUCAACAUCUUUCCAUCUGCAGACCAGGAGAACACAGCAGCCCUGAUCCCUGCUACCCACAACACAGGAGGCUCCCUUCCUGACCUCAGCACCAUCCACUUCCCCUCCCCACUGCCGACCCCACUGGACCCCGAGGAGCCUCCAUUCCCUGCUCUCACCAGCUCCGGCAGCACCGGCAGCCUGGCUCAUCUAGGCGUUGGCGGCACAGGCCAGGUACUUGCUAAGACCAGAAGGUGCUGGAUCCUUGGAUUUGGAGUUAUGCACAGUUGUAAGCAGCCAUGUGCAUGCUGGGAACUCAACCUAAUCCUCUAGGAGAGCAGCCAAUGCUCCAACCAUUGGGCCAUCUCUCCAGGCCAACCUCCCCCUUUCUUUUUUCUUUUCUUUUUUUUUUUUUUUUUCGGAGCUGGGGACCAAACCCAGGGUCUUGUGCUUGCUAGGCAAGCGCUCUACCACUGAGCUAAAUUCCCAACCCCCAACCUCCCCCUUUCAAAAGUUCAUUUCUCCCCUUGGCCUUUUCCUGGCAAUGCCCACUUCCUUGCCUAUCCCACUGGCUCCCAGUCUGAUCCAACACUGCUUCUCCUGUUUACUGUGACUCUUGACCUCUUUGCUUUCACCCCCUGCUCAUUGACGGUGUCCCUGUCAGCCCCACCAUGAGCCUGAACCUGUGCAAGGUCAACUUCUGUUUCUGCAGCAUCCAUGAAAGCUUAGUCUUCCACCCCGCCCCCCAGCCUGACCUCUCAGCCGCACUGCUCACCCCAGGGCCUUUGCACAAGCUGCCUGGUCACGGCUCUGUGUCCCACUCUCUCACACUGCCCAACCAGCACCUUCCACUCCUCUUCAGCAUCCCUUGUUCCUGCCAUGACACAGCAAGCCCCAAGCUGCUGGGGCUGUAGGUUGCGACGUGGAUGAGGACAGAUGGUGGGGAUGAGGACAGAUGGUGGAGGAGACAGAUCACAUGGUGGGCUCUGUGUGGAGUUGCUCUCCAGGCCUGGGAUUAGGGGCUGGUAAGGAGCUCUAUGGCCCCUGAGGUAGGAUUGAUGUGGGGAGAUGAAACCAGGGCCAUCCAGGCUUGUCACUGAUGCCAGCCCCCAGGGGAUGGGAGAGGGAGGUGCCAGUGUGCCUGGGGUAUUUUCUUUCCUGAGAUGAAACAUGAAGUUCACUUGUUGCUGGGGCUAAAACCUGGGGCCGUGUGUCUGCUCAGUCGAUGCUAAAGACAGAAAUGGGCCAACCCACAGGUCCCAGCCGGUACCUUUCCCCUAAGCCACACACACUACCUCCUCAGCUCCUUUCCUGGGCUUCCAGGUGAACAGAUGGGGUCAAAGGCCAAGAGAGCAGGACCCUGGAGUGAGGGUAUGCAGGCCCUUGUGCCUGGCAGACCCCAACUGUGAGGUCCAGGGAAACAAGGAUUCGGGGUUCCACACCCCUACUGCAGUUCCAGUGUAAGCAAGCCUAGGAAAAUGACUUCUGUGGCGUUGCUGCUGGCCAAGCCUGACCGGUAAUAUGUGCCAUGUGUGGUUGUUUAAGAGCCAGCCAGUCCCCUUCACAUGAACUUUAUUUUCUGGGCACCUUUUACAUGAAGCCAGGCCCUGGUACACACACACAGUCUCCACCUCCUCACCCUAGUGCCAGACGCUGGUACAGGAGAGGAGCUGGGAGACCAAGCCCCUGCCCCACAUUGUCUGAGGACCAGUACACAAGAAGGUGACCCGGUGUCCACUGCUGGCUGCGCUCCAGGGGCCUUCAGGGCUCCAUCACCAGGGCUGUGUGCCAGAGCCAAGCCACUGCCACCUGGCCAGCCUGCUCCACCCUCCCCUGCCCAGAGUUCCCCUCCAGUUGGCUCUGCUCCAAAGGUGAUCCAGGCUGGGCAGAGAAGCCAGCCAGCAGGACACCCAUGAGGCCUGCCUGCCCAUCUGGCCUCUCUGGGUGUGAUGGUGCUUAGGCAAGGACUAAAGUGGGCAUCAGACCAGGCUAAACAUACCGGCUAGAGGUGUGAAUUCUUUGGCCCACAGAUUGUCUGUCUGUCUGUCUGUCUGUAUGCACGCAUGUAUGUCUAUCUGUUGGUCUGUGUGUGUGUGUGCAUGAGUGUAUGUGCAUAAGUGUUCCUGUCAGCCUGUGGUGCCUGUGUGCACGCACACUCUUGCUUGUUAGUCCCUUUGAAGUCAUGUUUAAAAAUCAAGCCAGGAGUUCGGUCCCCAGCUCUGAAAAAAAGAAAAAAAAAAUCAAGCCAGGGGCAAAAUAUGACAAAAUAUCUCCGAAGACAGGCAGGCGGAUCUCUGUGAGUUCAAGAACAGCCAGGGCUACCCAUUGAGACAUUGUCUAUAAAUCAAGUAAGCAAGCCUUGGCGCUAUUGAAAUGGCUCAGUGGAUAAAGGCAUAUACACCAAGCCUUAGGACCUAUGUUCAAGUCCUAGACAAACACAGCGCAGGGAGAAAAAAAACUUCAGCAUGUCCUUGGGCCGCUACACAUGUCCCCAUGUGCCUGUACCAGCCCACCCCAUAGAGAAAUUUAUUUAAAAAGAAUUUUUAAACAAUCAAAACCAGACCAGAGUGAUGGCUCAGCAGUUAAAAACCCCUACAAUUCUUCCAGAGGACUGGAGUUCAGUCCAGCAGGCCCACCAGGUGACUCGCAGCUACCUGUAACUCCAGCUCCAGGGGAUCCUGGAAGCUCCCAGGGGAAACUUCAGGCUCUCAGGCCACCUGCAUGCACAUACACAUGCCCCACACACAAACACAAUUUUAAAAAUUAUUGGGGGAGAAGGGUUGAGAUGGGGGCCCUGGCUGUGUUGGAACUCAUGACAUGGAACUCAGAGAUCCACCUGCCUCAGACUCUUGAGUGCUAGGAUUAAAGGUUUACACCACCAUGCCAGUUUUUUAAAAAAACCAAACAAAGCGUAAUGUCUCACACCUGUCAUCCCAGCACUCAGGAGUCUGAGGCAAGAGAAUCAUAUUGAGUUUUAGGCCAGCUUGGUUAUAUAGUGAGACUCUAUCUCAGAAAGAUUUUUUUUUUCUUUUUUUUUUCGGAGCUGGGGACCAAACCUAGGGCCUUGUGCUUGCUAGGCAAGCGCUCUACCACUGAGCUAAAUCCCCAACCCCCUCAGAAAGAUUUUUAAAAAUAGGAAAAACCAUCUUCUUUUUGUUCUACAGAAGGUCCUACCUAGCCGUUUGCCCCACCUGUGAUCCUGUAUGUGCAGGCAUUUUGUGCAUGCAUGCCUCGGGUAUGCCUAGGGCCUGCUGAAGCUAGACGGUUCUGGGUCUCCUGCAAGAGCAGCAGGUGUCCUGGCUCCACACCCGAGCCAUCUCCCCAGCCCCCCUCACUUCUGUUUUGUUGAAGUCAGGGUCUCAUGUAGCCCAGGCUGGACUAGAACUUGCAGUGUAGUCAGGCAAGACCUCAAACUCGUAAUCCUGCCCCAGUUUCCCAAGGGCAGAGUGACAGGCAUGCAUCACUCUGACUGGUGAAUGUAGCAUUGGGGGCUAACACAAAACUUUGUGCACUCUAGGUAAGCAGUUUACCAACUAAGCUGUGAGCCGCCUUCUUAGCCAAGUGCCAACUUUCCACCUCUCCUUAGCAGACUUAUGUUGUGUGUGAGUGUUUACCUGUAUGCAUGUCCAUGUACCGUUUGUGUGGCUAUGCCCUUGGAGCUCAGAAGAAACUGUAGGGUCCCCUGGGGCUGGAGGGACAGGUAUUGUGAGCCCGUGUGGUGCUGGGAAUUACACCCAGGUUUUCUGCAAGAGCAGCCAGUGCCCUUAACCAUUGAGUCAACUCUCUGGGCCCAGCAUCUGCUCCAGAUCUGAACAGGAAGUGUUUCUCAGCCCUGACAGACAUAGGAGGGAGCUGUCACUCAGAAGCAAGGCCAUAGCCCAAGUCCUGGACUCAGCUGCACUCUGAGCGCUGCCUCCCAGAUUCCUCCUGCCUAGGAGUCUACUGACUGUGCCUCUAUAGCGGACCCCUAGUGGUCUCUGCCACUGCCAUCAUAGCACAGGACUGGAUGGGGCAGAGCCAACCAGGAUCCGAGGAAAAAUGUAGGCUGUCCCACAAGUGCCUGCCUCAGGCACAAGAGCCCCUUGCCCUGCCAUCUCCCCCAGGAGUGCUGGGUGUGUCCCCACUCACCCACCUUCAGCAACAAGGUGCCCAGGGCAGGCAGGCAGGCAGGCAGGCCCUAAAACUCCUGGUGAGUCAGGAGGCCUCAUUUGGCUCCAUGGUGCCAAGUCCUCCCUAUGCUGCUGACUUCCCUGAGGCCUCCACUGUUAAUAUCUGAUAGCUCCUGAUGAGGAAACAGUGUCCUAGUAACCUGGGGGGGGGCAUCAAAUGCAGGGCCCUCAGGGCUCCCCUGUCAUCAAAGGGCCUGCUGCCUGCUUGGCUUGGUGCCCAGGAUGAAGCAGCAGCCCCCAUUCUGCCCAGUGCCCUUGAUCUCACCCAGGUCCCUCAUCACCUCAGCAUUCAGGGAUUAGAUUCUUGGGGGAAGGCGGGGUGAGGGAAGGGGCAGCCAGGCCCACAGUGGCCCUGGCGGGUACAGGCCUGUUACUCCGGGGCAGGGCUGGGGCAGGGUGUCGAGGAUUCUGGUUUCAGUUCAGGCAGCCUUGGAAGGGGUGCUGGGAAGGGACUCCAUCAUCCUGAGGGUGCCAAAGAAGGAUGUGGAUGAAGGGCACUGGGUCAUCAAGAAAUGCCUUGACAGGAAAGAACAAGUUUGGGUAGCAACUGGGGAGGGCCCUGGUGUUAUAGAAACCCGACCUCCCAUAUGAUAGAAUUGCCCAGCCAAGACAGAAUGGGAGAUGGGCUGUGAUGGCAAAGACCUGAAAUGUGUCUGAGAAACGGGUUGGGCGAUUGCUCUGACACCAGAGCCAGCCUGGGCUAGGGGUGGCGAUCCUCAGUGCGUUCCAGGCUAGCCCUGUAUUAAAUGAGCUUGGAUGCCUACCAUGUACGAAGCCUUUGGGUUUGAGCCCUAGGACAGCAAAAACUGGCUCACACUUGUCACCUUAGGACUCGGGGCAGAGACAGGAGGCUCAAGAGUUCAAGGUCAUCCUCAAUAUAUAGCCAUCUGGAGACAAGCCUGAGCUACCCAUAAACAAACCUCAAAAGAAUAAACAGAAAUAUAAAGUAGCAGUGGCGCAUCUGCUUAACCUCAGCAUGUGGGAUGCAGAGGAAGGCAGAUCUCUGUGAGUUCAAGGCCAGCUUGGUCUGCAGUGAGUCUGAGGAAAGCCAGGGCUACACAAAGAAAUUCUGUCUCAAAAAAACAAACAAAAAAAUGAAUUCAUUAAACUAAAAGGAGAUCAGAGAGUUGGCUCAGAGAUUAAGAACAGUUGUUGCUGUUCCAGAGGACCCAGGUCCAGUUUCCAGCAGCCACAGGGUCUCUCACAACAUACAUAACUACAGUUCCAGGGGACUGGAAGCCUCCAUGGUCACUAGGCACACGCAUGGUGUAUGCACAGACAUAUUCAGGCAAAGCACUUCAACACUAUAUAACAUGUGUUUAUUAUAUGCAUAUAUAAUACAUACAUAUUUAUACCUCUGUGUGUGUGUGUGUGUGUGUGUGUGUGUGUGUGUGUGUGUGUGUGUGCUGCAGUAGAGAGGCAUAUCAUCUUCUAAAGCCAGGGAAUACCAUGAUAUCUGGGUAGCAGCACACACCCACACCCACUACCCCUGUCAUCAGGAUAGCAGGACUACUAGGACCCUGGCACUGAGAACUCCCCUCUACCAACUAUGGGCAGCACAUGCCCCCACCCCAGCCCAAGAUAGGCUCUGAUUGGUUACUUUAGAAGCAGUGUUGAUUGGCUGGGGCCCUGUGACACGCCCUCCUUGGGCAGGUAGAAGAAAGUAGGCUGCUGGGCAGGGCUGGGCUGGGGAAACCAGGAUGGUCACUGGCAGGACCCUCCUCAGAGCCCCAUCCCAUGCUGGCCAGGGACAGCUUCUCCCACGGGUGGCUGUGCUGCGGCCUGGCCCAGCCCCUUUUUCCUUU